AUGGCACCAUCAGCAGUUUACGAAACCCCAAACAUCAACGAGAACUUCAACUCCCACAAAGAUGGCCUCGCCCUCGAAGCCACCUCCGACGCCGUUGACGAAGUCAACGUUCUCAAAGCCACAAUGAGAGUCAAGAACGGCACGGCCAGCCAAGCCGAAGUCGACCUGUACGAGCAAUCCCAAUUCGACUCCUCAAAAGACAAGACGCAAUUCCGGCAAUACGAAGACGCCUGCGACCGCGUCAAGAACUUCUACCGCGAGCAACACACCAAGCAAACCGUCGCCUACAACCUCAAAGCCCGCAACGAGUUCAAAUCGAAAACUCGCGCCGAAAUGACCAUCUGGCAAGCCAUGGAGAAACUCAACACGCUCAUCGACGAGUCCGACCCAGACACCUCACUCUCGCAAAUCGAACACCUGCUCCAAUCCGCCGAAGCGAUCCGUCGCGACGGCAAACCGCGCUGGUUCCAACUCACGGGCCUCAUCCACGACCUAGGCAAACUCCUCUUCUUCUACGCCGCCGAAGGCCAGUGGGACGUCGUCGGCGACACGUUCCCCGUCGGCUGUCGCUUCGACGAGAGCAUCAUCUACCCGGGCACCUUCACCCAAAACCCCGACACCAACGACCCCAUCUACAGCACCGAGCACGGCAUCUACACGCCGGGCUGCGGGAUGGACAACGUGAUGCUCAGCUGGGGCCACGACGAGUACCUCUACCACAUCUGCCGGGAGCAGAGCACGCUGCCCGACGAGGCGUUGGCGAUGAUAAGGUAUCAUUCGUUCUACCCCUGGCAUUCCGCGGGCGGGUAUCGGUGGAUGAUGGAUGAGAAGGAUGAGCGGAUGUUGGAGGCGGUGCGGGCGUUUAAUCCGUAUGAUUUGUAUAGUAAGAGUGAUGAUGUGCCCAAGGUGGAGGAGUUGAAGGGGUAUUAUUUGGGGUUGAUUAAUGAGUUUUUCCCGCCGGGGGAGGCGGAGGCGGAGAAGGUGAUUAAGUGGUAA